CAAACAGUGCAUCCCUAAAUCCUCACACUUUUGCUCUUUUGCAGUCAGUUGCUUUGCUGGCUUCUGCACGCAUUUAAGGUCUCGCGGCGUAGAAAUGCCUGCCCCCCACCCCCUUUCUCGGUCUCCCCUUUCAGUUCAGAUGUGCUGAUGUGCAGACCGGAUUCAUCUUCCCCGAGCGGCGGCGGCGGCUUUGGGCUCAGGCGGCGGCGGCUCGCGCUCGGCCGCGGAGUCCUGGCAGCAGCGGGGACGCGGCGCGGGAGCCCGAGCUCUGGUGGCAGCUGAGCCCGCGGGGCGCCGCUCGCCGAACCGCGGCCGCGGGAAGUUCGGCGGCCAGAAGGACGAUCUGGCAGGCUGCGAGCGCCUUCGCCGCAAGAGCCGAGUUUGCCUGCAGCCGUCCUCCCCGCCUGCCAGUGCCGAGCUCCUUACCUGCCCUCCGCCCACCCGCGGGCCCCUGGCCAACUUCUCCCUGCGACUGGGGGUAACAGGCAGUGCUUCCCCCUCUCUACUGUCCCGGAGGCAUCCACGUGUCUCCGGACACCUGAGCACCCCGGUCCCUCCGAGGGGCCUCCAGGUGGGGAGAAGAGCGCCGGUGCCCCAAGUCCCGCACCUCAGCGCGGACUGCCGCUGCUUAACCUCCGGGUCCCGUCCCCUCCUUUUCCUCCGGGGGAGGAGGAUGGGGUGGGAAACGCUUUACCCGAGGAUGCUCGUGUGGCUGGUGGCCUCGGGGAUUGUUUUCUACCGCGACUUAUGGGUCUGCGCUGGCCUCGAUUAUGAUUACACUUUUGAUGGGAACGAAGAGGAUAAAACAGAGACUAUAGAUUACAAGGACCCGUGUAAAGCCGCUAUAUUUUGGGGUGAUAUUGCCUUAGAUGAUGAAGACUUAAAUAUCUUUCAAAUAGAUAGCACAAUUGACCUUACACAGAACCCCUUUGGAAACCUUGGACAUACCACAGGUGGACUUGGAGACCAUGCUAUGUCAAAGAAGCGAGGGGCCCUCUAUCAACUUAUAGAGAAGAUACGAAGAAUUGGCUUUGGCUUGGAGCAAAAUAACACAGUUAAGGGAAAAGUACCCCUUCAGUUCUCAGGACAAAAUGAGAAAAAUCGAGUUCCCAGAGCCGCUACAUCAAGAUCGGAAAGAAUAUGGCCUGGAGGCGUUAUUCCUUAUGUUAUAGGAGGCAACUUCACUGGCAGCCAGCAAGCCAUGUUCAAGCAGGCCAUGAGGCACUGGGAAAAGCACACAUGCAUGACUUUCAUAGAAAGAAGUGAUGAAGAGAGUUACAUUGUGUUCACCCAUAGGCCUUGUGGAUGCUGCUCUUAUGUAGGUCGGCGGGGAAAUGGACCUCAGGCAAUCUCUAUCGGCAAGAACUGUGAUAAAUUUGGGAUUGUUGUUCAUGAAUUGGGCCAUGUCAUAGGCUUUUGGCAUGAACACACACGACCAGAUCGAGAUAACCAUGUAACUAUCAUAAGAGAAAACAUCCAACCAGGUCAAGAGUACAAUUUUCUGAAGAUGGAGCCGGGAGAAGUAAACUCACUUGGAGAAAGAUAUGAUUUUGACAGUAUCAUGCACUAUGCCAGGAACACCUUCUCAAGAGGGAUGUUUCUGGAUACCAUUCUCCCCUCCCGUGAUGAUAAUGGCAUUCGACCUGCAAUUGGUCAGCGAACUCGUCUAAGCAAAGGAGAUAUCGCACAGGCAAGAAAGCUGUAUAGAUGUCCAGCAUGUGGAGAAACCCUGCAAGAAUCCAAUGGCAACCUUUCUUCUCCAGGAUUUCCCAAUGGCUAUCCUUCUUACACACACUGCAUCUGGAGAGUGUCUGUGACCCCAGGGGAGAAGAUUGUUUUAAAUUUUACAACGAUGGAUCUAUACAAGAGUAGUUUGUGCUGGUAUGACUACAUUGAAGUAAGAGAUGGGUACUGGAGGAAAUCACCUCUCCUUGGUAGAUUCUGUGGGGACAAAGUACCUGAAGUUCUUACUUCUACAGACAGCAGAAUGUGGAUUGAGUUUCGUAGCAGCAGUAAUUGGGUAGGAAAAGGCUUUGCAGCUGUCUAUGAAGCCAUCUGUGGAGGUGAGAUACGUAAAAAUGAAGGACAGAUUCAGUCUCCUAAUUAUCCUGAUGACUAUCGCCCGAUGAAAGAAUGUGUGUGGAAAAUAACAGUGUCUGAGGGCUACCACGUCGGACUGACCUUUCAGUCCUUUGAGAUUGAAAAACAUGACAACUGUGUUUAUGACCAUCUGGAAGUUAGAGAUGGAACCAGUGAAAAUAGCCCAUUGAUAGGGCGUUUCUGUGGUCAUGAGAAACCUGAAGAUAUAAGAUCUACCUCCAAUACUUUGUGGAUGAAGUUUUUUUCGGAUGGAACUGUGAACAAAGCAGGGUUUGCUGCUAACUUUUUUAAAGAGGAAGAUGAGUGUGCCAAACCUGAUCAUGGAGGCUGCGAGCAGCGAUGUCUGAACACCCUGGGCAGUUACCAGUGCACCUGUGAGCCCGGCUAUGAGCUGGGCCCUGACAGGAGGAGCUGUGAAGCUGCUUGUGGUGGACUUCUUACCAAACUUAACGGCACCAUAACCACCCCAGGCUGGCCGAAGGAGUACCCUCCUAAUAAAAACUGUGUGUGGCAAGUGAUUGCACCAACCCAAUACAGAAUUUCUGUGAAGUUUGAGUUUUUUGAAUUGGAAGGUAAUGAGGUUUGCAAAUAUGAUUAUGUGGAGAUCUGGAGUGGUCUUACCUCUGAGUCUAAAUUGCAUGGCAAAUUCUGUGGUGCUGAAGUGCCUGAAGUGAUCACAUCCCAGUUCAACAGUAUGAGAAUUGAAUUCAAGUCUGACAAUACUGUAUCCAAGAAGGGCUUCAGAGCACAAUUUUUCUCAGACAAAGAUGAAUGCUCUAAGGAUAAUGGUGGAUGUCAGCACGAAUGUGUCAACACGAUGGGAAGUUACAUGUGUCAAUGCCGUAGUGGAUUUGUGCUGCAUGAAAAUAAACAUGAUUGCAAGGAAGCUGAGUGUGAACAGAAGAUUCACAGUCCAACUGGCCUCAUCACCAGUCCCAACUGGCCAGACAAGUACCCAAGCAGAAAAGAAUGCACGUGGGAAAUCAGCGCCACUCCUGGCCACCGAAUCAAAUUAGCCUUUAGUGAAUUUGAGAUUGAGCAGCAUCAAGAAUGUGCUUAUGACCACUUAGAAGUAUUUGAUGGAGAAACAGAAAAGUCACCAAUUCUUGGACGACUAUGUGGCAACAACAUACCAGAUCCCCUUGUGGCUACUGGAAAUAAAAUGUUUGUUCGGUUUGUUUCUGAUGCAUCUGUUCAAAGAAAAGGCUUUCAAGCCACACAUUCUACAGAGUGUGGUGGCCGAUUGAAAGCAGAAUCAAAACCCAGAGAUCUGUAUUCACAUGCUCAGUUUGGUGAUAACAACUACCCAGGACAGGUUGACUGUGAAUGGCUGUUAGUAUCAGAACGGGGCUCUCGACUUGAAUUAUCCUUCCAGACGUUUGAAGUGGAAGAAGAAGCAGACUGUGGCUAUGACAAUGUGGAGCUCUUUGAUGGUUCCGAUUCAACAGCUGUGGGACUUGGUCGAUUCUGUGGAUCUGGGCCACCAGAAGAGAUUUAUUCAAUUGGAGAGGCAGUUUUAAUUCAUUUUCACACUGAUGACACAAUCAACAAGAAGGGAUUUCAUAUAAGAUACAAAAGCAUAAGAUAUCCAGAUACCACACAUACCAAAAAAUAAUACCGAAACCUCUGUCAGAACAUAAAGGAAUGUGCACAAUGGAAAGAAGACAUAUUUUUUAAAAACUGAAGAUAUUGGCAUAAAUGUUUUAUAUAAAGAGUUUGAACUAAAAAAAUCCCUGUAAGACCAAAAUUGUCUUUGUACUAAAAGAGAAGUUUGCAGUGAAUCCUCAUCAGCAUUGCAAGGAUAUUUGAACUCCAUGCUUGAUGGUAUUAAUGAAACUGAUGAAAGGGCAUCACUUACGUCAAGGAAGACUCUACAAGCUUUUGUUCAUGGCAUGAAAUAGAUGCCUCACAAUUCAGACAGUUCAAUUCAAGAGCUGUUACCCUCCAGAGUUCUUUUUGACAAUUUGUCAAGAUUUGGGGAUAUAAAGUAUUCUUGCAGGUCAUAAACUGGAAAACACUAUUCUGGUUGUCUUAUGAUAAUUGCUUUGACUUUUAUCUUGGAUACAGUGUAAACCAGAUCCAUAUAAGGUGUUGGAAAAUGGGAGUCUUUUGAGGGUGAUUUGUACUUUCCAUGCAUAUGUAUGUGUCUGGUGUUUGGAAACUGGAAUAUUUUAGCUUGAUUAUUUCCACUUGUAGGCCAGCUUAACCUCUUUGAAACACAAAUGAUCUUGAGACCACUUUAGUGUAGUUACAUUUGAUGAGUUUGAAAUGUCAAUAGUUUCUAUUCUAGACACCAGUUCUUUAAGUCUCGGAAAAUGCCCAGUGAAUUGGUAAAUUUAGUUCUUUUUUUUUUUUGGAAGUGCUGCCUUUUCACACCAAAUCAAAGAAGCCUACGAUGUCUUAUGAACCUUAUGAGAAAACUCAGAAGAGGUGUGAAGAUGAUUCUUCUGAAUGACGUCUAGAUUGUUCAUUACUCAAGUUACUACUGCUGCUAUUGUCUUUCCUUUGUUGUCAAUCUGUUAUUGUUGUAGCUAUUAUUGUUGAUGUUGUCAUGGUUAAUCUAUUUUUAAAAAAUCAAAUGAAGCAGAAUUAGGCUUUGUGA